GCGGCGCGGCGAGGCCAUGGCGCUGUUCUGCAUCCGCAGGUACGGCGGGGAAGAGGAGCAGGAAGAGGGGACCGAGGCUGCGGACCGGGCUCGGGUCCUGCUGGAGCGGCUGCGCCGGCAGGCCAAGGCCCGAGAGCUGCAGAAGCAGCGGGAAGCAAAGCCGGAGGGAAGGAAAAGUGACCCGUCAGGAGCCGGCCCGGGGGGCGCGGGGCCGAGCCCCGGGGGCGAGCCUGUGGAAAGAAAAAGGAAGAGGAAGGGAGAGAGUGAGGAGCAGCCCUGUGCGCAAGGACGGAGGAAGAUACAGAAGAAACAACAGCUUCGUAGAUCUUCUGAAGGGACAGAUAUCGAGGAGGCAGCAGAUGGCAGCACACCCUCGGAGGAAGAACAGGAAAAUGGGAGAACAUCGAAAAUACGGCGAAAGAGGACUGCAGCAGAUUCUGAAGAAGACAUCAAACAAGAGGAAAAUAGAAGCAACCUUAAAAAUAAAUCUCCAGGGAAGAAGGAGGAUGUGGAAACAGAGGGAGCUGAAACAAGGAAAAACAGUAGAACAGCUGAAGGAAAUGAAAGCACAAAGGAGGAGCUGUCCUUCACACCCUCAGAGGAAGAGGCAAAUCCUCCACCCUCCAGUUUGCUGGUUCUUGGAGACUAUGACAGAAAGCUAGUGCAGAAGGUUCAGCCAUUCUUACCACAGUGGCUUGCUCAACCCAGACUAGUGCAAAAACGUAUCAAAGACAAUCUAGUUCCAAUUGGAGAGGUCCCAGGAAUUCAUCCUCGGCUGUUGAAGAAGCUGCAAAUGACUGGGAUAGAGUCCUUUUUUCCAGUUCAGGCAGAGGUGAUCCCUGCUAUUCUGCAGAGUGCAUCCAAUGGAUAUUUGCUGGGGCAGGGAGGAUACCGCCCCAAAGACAUCUGCGUCUCAGCACCUACUGGCAGUGGUAAAACCCUGUCUUUUGUCAUACCCAUAGUACAGGUUCUGCUAGAUCGAGUAGUUUGCCACGUACGUGCUCUGGUUGUUCUGCCCACCAAAGAACUGGCACAGCAGGUGAGUAAAGUGUUCAACAUUUACACUGAUGGAACAGGUCUGAAGGUCGUUUUGAUUACUGGCCAGAAAUCUUUUGCAAAGGAGCGGGAGAUGCUUGUCCAGAAAAAAGUGACAGGCUACUGCAGCCUGGCUGAUAUUAUUGUGGCUACACCAGGGCGGCUUACGGAUCACAUCAACCAGACCCCGGGAUUCAGCCUGACACAGCUUCGCUUCCUGAUCGUGGAUGAAGCUGACCGUAUGAUCGAUGACAUGCACCAGAAUUGUCUGAACCAGAUUGUCAAAGCUGCAUUCCAAGUAGAACAUCAGUCUGGCUCCAGCGUGCUUUUUCAGAGGACCAAACCAGGGCCUGUAACAGCAGCCAGCUCCUGCUAUCCUCAGAUACCCUUACAGAAACUGCUGUUUUCAGCCACACUAACCCAGGACCCAGAGAAACUACAGCAGUUGGACUUAUUCCAGCCUCGCCUCUUCACGUCUGUCUAUUCUGAGAACAAAACACUUGGAGAUGGAACAGAGACUGAGCAAGAUACUGAUAAGAAAUACACACUCCCUGAGGGGCUAUCGCAAUCUUAUGUGCCUUGUGACCUGAAUUCCAAACCUUUGCUCCUCUUGCAUUUCAUGCUGACAAUGAAAUUCACCCGCGUGUUGUGCUUUACCAACUCCAGGGAAGCUUCUCACAGAUUGUUUCUGCUUGUUCAAGCCUUUGGUAGAGUCUCUGUGGCUGAAUUUUCCUCUCGGUUACCUCCAAAUGAGAGACAGAGAACCAUGAAAGAAUUUGAACAAGGAAAAAUACAACUGUUAAUCAGCACAGAUGCCACUGCAAGAGGGAUUGACAUCAAAGGUGUGAAUUACGUAAUAAACUACGACGCGCCGCAGUUCAUCAGGACGUACGUCCACCGAGUUGGAAGAACAGCCCGUGCAGGAGAAGUGGGCACUGCUUUAACUUUGGUCCUUAGGAUUCAGGAGCGGAGGUUCCUGCGGAUGUUGAGGGAUGCUGGCAUCCAGGAUAUAAAGAAGAACCCAGUGAAGGGCAACUCAUUAAAGCCAUUGGUGCAGCAAUAUGAGGAAGCUCUCUGUAAGCUUGAGAAGACAGUGAAGAAUGAGCGAGCACAGAAACGAGCCUGACAGACUGGAAGCCGAGGAGUUGUGUUUUGUGGCACUGAAGCUGCUGAGCAGGACAGGUCAUGGACUGCUACCCAGCACGGUAACAACGAGACAUGGUCCCUGAACAGAGCAGAGUGGUUGGCUCCUCAAACAUAUCAUAUCUGAGUCAGCUAUUGCAGGCCUUAUUCUCCUGUUCAAGGACACUGAGAACAGAACCCAGUUACUGGUUAAAAAAUAUUUUUGCAUCAUAUCCUGCUGAUGUACGUAAAACUACCACCAAUGGAGAGCCAGUACACAGCUCUUCAGCAUGGGCCUGAUGGAGCUGCUGGUCUGCAAAGGUGAGGGCUGUGCCCUUCUGCCCUCUGACCUGGGACAGAUGAUGGUUCUGUCUUAUUGCACAAGCAGCUCUAUCUGUAAAUGCUUAAACAUCUCAUUAAAAGUCAUUAAAAGCCUCAGGUUUUGCAAUUAAAGGGCAAUUUUGGGGGGCAGGCAGCUCAAACAGGAGUUUGCAGUGGAGAAGGAACAAAGGAACAAAACACUUCCACGGUGCGUGUAGCAGAAGUGUGUUUGAAGAGCUGCUCUGGCUGGACUGACUUUUAAAUAAAUACCAUGUAUUUUUUUUAAAU